CUGCCACCAGUGAACAAUGUCGAUAUCUUCAUGGUUUAAAUGGAACGAGCCCUAUCAUAGAUUCGCGCAGAGGAACCCCACAGAGAUGGUCGUGGAGACUCUCAUGAUGGAACUUGAUUGGCAGCUAAAACAAGCUGAGAAGAUGCAAAGGGAGCAAGAAGAUGAGUACAGAAGAAUAAAAACAGGCGUGGAUUACAGCUGGCUGGUCAGCCACUCUCAACACAGUUCAGGCAUGACCCCUGGGGAGAGACUUGACCUUGAGGAAGCCUGUUCCAAAAUCCAUCCCAGUUACUGUGGACCAACGGUACUUAGAUUUCGGCAAAUGAUGGUUGAAGAUGAACCUGAGGUCCAUGAAGUGGUGCAGUUAUUCCAAUCCGUUCUUCAGGAAACUAUGGGGAGAAUGAAGGAAGAUCAAGAAACAAGGAAACUAACCAGGCAGUGGAGCAAGAAACGGACAGUGAGUCACACCAUGAUGACAUUUAAAUCUCGUGUGAGGAUCUAUCCCUUCAACAGUGACAUCAAGACAGUUUCAGAAGAUGUGGAGCAAACCUUUGUUGCACCAAGGCGCGUAUGGAGCAUGCCAGAGUUCAAGACUAUAAAAGAGUUAUGAUGGAUGGUGCAAUCUAAUUUAAGUGACCGUGCAGAGUCCAUCAAAUGUACUUAAUCAUUCAAUUUAAUAUCGACUUUGAACUAUUCAUUCAGAAGAUAUGGCACAAUUGGCAAGGUCAGCAUUUAUUGUUCAUCUCCUGUAAUUGUUGGCUUGCUAGUUGAUUUCAGACGAGAGUUAAGUCAACUACGUUGCUAUGGAUCUGGAGUCACAUAGAGGGCAGACACGUUAGACAGCAAAUUUCAUUCCCGGAAGGGACAUUAGUGAAUUAGUUGUAUAUUUAUAACAAUCCAGCAGUAUCAUGAUCACCAUUUCUGAUACUUGCUUAUUGAUUUCACAAUCCAGCUGAAUUUAAAUUUCCCUUCUGCCAUUGUGCGGUUUCAAUUUAAGCUUGUAUAUAAUAUUAAGGCUUUUGAAAUGCGAAUCUUGCACACCAGGCUAAUGUGCCCGCAAUCUUCCAGAAACUGUGACUGAUGUGAAUGUGUAUUGUCCACCUGCUGUAAUCAGCAUUUGCUCUUGUGAACUUGCGGAUGAGAAAUGAAUGGCCUAUUCCUGAAUAUAGUAUAACUGAAAUUGGUUUCUAACAAAAAUACAGAACAAGUGAUUUGGAAACCUGACGUUAAACAAAUUUCUGUUGAACAUAAACUCGUGUCAUUUCACUUACAUAUGAAUUAUUAGUAUAUCAUCAUGUAUUGCUGAUAUACCAAGGAAUGUUUGUUGUUUGAAGAAGGGUCUCGACCCGAAACGUCACCCAUUUCUUCUCUCCUGAGAU